AUGCUCGUACCCCAGUACCACGUCAAGAAUUCGACGAUCAGGAUAGUUCCCAAGUCGCAACAGACCUUGGGAUACUGUCCUCGGCUGUCUUCUCAGGUGUGGGCCAGAGUGCGUUUCAAAGCCGUCAGGUUCGGCCCCCUCAGUGUGGGCAAUCCUGACGGUGUCGGUGCCCUUGUUGGUGCCAAUCUAAAUUCAUACGCUUCGCGUAUCUCCUAUGCUGUUGCUGUCAACGAUGAGGAUCCGGACACUCGUCUGGUUGCCGUUACAGCGAAAGCCGCAUGCGAUGAUAUCUUUGCUGGCUUGCAGAUCGCAGAGACUUUUACUGCUUAUGCUUGA